UAUUAUUAAUCCUGGUGUUGUUCCGUCGGUGGCAGGUUAGGGAGCAGAUAAGUGAUACCAUUUCUUUUUCGUCACGCCAUUGAAUCCGUAUAAAAGUGCACCAUGAAUCGACUGUUUGGAAAAGCAAAACCCAAAGAACCUGGACCAAGCAUUAGCGAUUGCAUUAGUGGGGUCGAUCAACGCGCGGAAGCCAUUGACGGUAAAAUAAAGACGCUGGACAAUGAGCUGCGGAAAUACAAGGACCAAAUGGCGAAGAUGCGCGAAGGCCCGGCCAAGAAUGCCGUCAAGCAGAAGGCGAUGCGGGUUCUGAAGCAACGCAAGCAGUACGAGAGCCAGGUGGAAAAUCUAAGGAACCAAUCGUUCAAUAUGGAGCAGGCGAACUUUGCGCACCAAACACUCAAGGACACGCAGGCAACGGUGGCCGCAAUGAAGGAUGGCAUGAAAUCGAUGAAGAAAGAGUUCAAGAAAAUCAACAUUGAAGAGAUCGAAGACAUACAGGACGACAUGGCCGACAUGCUGGAACAGGCAGAUGAGGUGCAGGAAGCAAUGGGCCGCACAUACGGUAUGCCCGAGCUGGACGAUGACGAACUGCAGGCCGAACUGGAUGCACUCGGCGAUGAAAUUGCACUCGACGACGACGCUAGCUAUCUGGAUGACGUUGUGAAGGCUCCGGAAGCACCGGAUAAGGAACCGGGCGCGGACAGCGUCACCAACAAGGACGGUAUUCUUGUUGAUGAGUUCGGUCUGCCGAAAAUACCGGCAUCGGUAAAAACAAAUUAACAUUUUCUUCUCGCCUUACCAUUGAUCCUUUUGCAAUUGUGUGUGCGGACGGAUGGAGUGCACCAUGUUGAACUAUACUAAUAAUUUACAGCUUAUUUCAGUAAAGCGUUAGAACAGAGACAGUGAAAUUUGAUUAGUUUUAAAACCUUCUUUUUAUUUUCUAACAUUGUAAAAUUGUCCUGUUACCUAACUUAUAUAUCGACAUUAAGCUACCGAGCACUGUCAUAAAUGGAUGGAAAGCCAAAUCUUGUCAAAACUUCACUCACUUAUUUCAUCUAUCACCGGUACGUUCUGCAGAUCGGAACACUUACGGCGCAGUAAAUCUAUCUGUUCCUUCAGGUAACGU